GCAGUCAGUCUGUGGGUCACAGAUCGACAGGCCGCUGUUCGACUGUUCUGUUGGCAGUUUUCAGUCAGCUCCUGGCUCUUGGCUUCGCUCGCGUUUGUACUCUACUUUGCCUUGCCCGCUACUCGUUCACUGGGUGAACCGGUCGACUCCAAAAAUACUGUAAUCUUGCGCUUCGUUCCGCGCUGAGUGUCUUCUCUUCAGAGUAUUUUUGUGUUGUUCAGUUAGUUUUUGACCAGUAUUUUUCACUACGAGUUCGACAAAAAUCUAGCUGAAAUACGGGUACCUGUACUUGGAAGUUGAAAAAGUUAGUGAGCCGAUUAAUUUGAAGACAUUAUUUUAUCACGUGUAGUCGUUUUCUUCGCAAGUGGGUUUCAUAGCUUGUUGAUGGCCCAGUCGAGAAGUGGUUCACUGCUGAAUUAAUUUCUGGUUGAAAAACUUGAGUCUCUUGUCGAAGUCGCGAAGUUGCUAAAAGUGUGCUGUUAUUGGAUGGUAAAAAGUCGCUACUGGAUGGAAACUCCCCAAAAAACUAAUAGGCUUCUCUUUAUUGUACUUCACUCUGUAAUGAAAUGUAUUGUUUCCAAAUUUGAUUGAAAAUGAAUAACUGACUUAGUUUGAAGUCAUAUUUUAUAAUUUCAAAAGUGCUAAAAUAAAUGAAUUAAUUUUAUACUAAAUGAAAAUUUUCUGAAAAGCUCACAGAUACUGUUGUAAAGACGAAGAGAAUAACAUACUCAAGGAUAUGAUAGGUACUUGUCUAUUUUCUUGAUCAUUACUAAUUUCAAAAGAAGCAGGUGUUAAUUUAUUCAGGAGUUUCCAGUCUAUAAAUGAAAAGAUCUCCACUCUCUUCUUGUAAGGGAAUUGGAAUAACAACAAUCCAUUGAGAGGAUGGGCUCGAUGUGGUGCAAACCCUCGCAAUUCACCGACGAUUGCAGUCCGAAAUUGAACAUCCAUUCCAUCUUAUCUCGAUUGAGCUCUCAGAUUUGCCCGAGCAGAUGUCGCUAUAGUCACACGGGAGGUCGAGCUCACACCAAACAACGGCCUAGAAAUGAAGCGGUCUCCAAGGGCUGCCGUCCGGUGAUAAGCCACCCCCUGAUGCAGCCGGUCCCUCCGCCGCGGAAGAAGAGGAAGCACAUCCAAGACCUGUCUCGCUCCGACGAGCAUCUCUGUUCAUCCCACAAGGCUUCCAGCACUCCGUUGCGGGCUGCCAACUCUCUUCCCGUGCUUUGCGUCCCCAUCACUCAAUUGAAAAUAGCAAAUAACCAUGAGCCGUUGGAAAGCAUAACAGAAGAAGCCAUGCCUUCCAUAAUGCGAGAGAUGGAAGAUAUGGAGUCACUACCCAUAAGCGAAGUCUACUUUCUCAGAAAAGAUGGCAACAAGUCCUCUCCAGUUUUCGAUGCUAUUACAAAAGAUAUUGCAGAGAAAACAAUGACAAUGGAUAUAGCUGGCAUCACGAAUAUGGCAAACAGCAACUUUCUAGAUAGGAGCAACUCGUGUGCCCAGAUAAGAAUAGAUACUGAAGUUAUCGAGAGAAUAACUGAUAAGAGGAAAGAGAUUAUUGAGACUGAUACUGUCACGAGAAUUAUUGAUAAGAAAAGUAGAGUGGGCACAAUUUUGGUUGAAGAGAACGCUCAGAGAUCUCAACCAAAUAUGAGAAAUUUGGAUAAAGAUAAAAUUCAGAAAUCUCAACGAAAUAUAACCGUUAUGGUUGUUGAUGGUAUUCAAAGAUCUGCACCAAAUGGAAUUAACAUGCCUGUGUAUAACAUGCGAAGGUCUGAAACAAAUGUAACAAAAAAUGUUGAGAAAGGUAUUGAAAGUGUUAUUAUGAUAAAUAAUAUUGUGACAAGGACUGAUGUUGAUAGUUAUGAUAAUAAUAGUGGAAAUGGAGGUGUAGACUCUGUGAUUGACGGUAAGAAACGACAGGAUGCAAUGAAAUCAAAAUGGUUGCAAAAUAUACUGAUUGGAUCAGAUGCUUCUGAAAACCAUGUGAUUUCUGUGCAUGACAUAGGCACAAUACCAUCUUUCAUACCACAAGAUAUAAGGGAUGACCAGAAAUCUUCUAGUCAGAAUAUUAAUGAAGCUCAAGAAACCCAGGAUAUUGCUGGUGAUACGAAACUGAUUGAGAAUUCAGAAGAAAGGGUUUCUAGGUUGAUUGUCACACCCCAGUGUUUGAGUGAAAAAUUGAAGGAGCUAAACGCAUCCAAGCAAACCCGAGAUGAGAUAUUCAACAGUAGAAACCUUGUUCUCAAUAGUCAAAACUCCACUUUGAAAGUGGACGAUUGUUCGCCUACAAAUCUCAGUAGUCAUAUGAAUUGGUUGAGUGUUGGAGGGCAAAAUGAUGGUAGAAAGGAUUCGUCGAAGAACAGCGAUGGCUCAAGGAAAAGCAGCAGGCGAUCAUCAAUCACUGAUUCCUUGCAAGAAUUCGAAUCAAGCAUUUAUGAAAUGCUGCAAGAAUCCGCCAAAGCCAACGCCAGUGAUGAAGAUGAUAGCUUUAUUGCGCUACAUAAACAAGCCCUGGUCGGUCGUCAAGGGACUUAGUAAAUAUUCUAACGACUGUUAGUAAGUAGGACUUUCUUUUUUAGAGAAGUACAUCAGACCAAAGCAAUAAUUUAGGAUUUAGUAGCGUAGGAUAGCUGUUUUGAAUGGGAGUUUUGUUUACCAAUGCUGUACCAUACGCUGUGGAGCCAAACCCCAAUUACAUUAUACAAAAUGGGAACCUCGAUAAAUCUUCCUUGGUUGAAAUUGUAAUGAUCAAAGAAAGUUUAUCUUAGCUAAUAUUGAAGUGAAUAUUACUGAUUGUUCAUGUUUUUGCUAGAGGAAAACCAUCUCCUUCCAAAAUUUGAAAUUAAGAUUUAUUUCAUUUCUAGAGGUCCUCGCGAUAUUCUUGAAUGAUUUUUGAAAUAUGAGAUAUAGCGACAAAAAUACGUGGUAGGUCCAGAAAGUAAGUUCCGUUUGGUAAUAAAAUUGAAUUGUGUACAGAUACAAAAAAGUUAUUUAUUGCUCAAGAUUCUACAACUUUUAAACUAUUUAUCCACAUAACUACCGAAAUUUUGCAGACAUUUGUCAUAGCAUGGCACAAGUUUUUGUAUGCCUUCUUCAUAGAAAUUUGCCGCCUGUGUCUUCAACCAGUUGGAAACAGUUUCUUUCAGCUUGUCGAAAUUUCAGUUUUCCGGUAACAAUUUCAUGCAUUAGUGAUCGUGAAAUUUAGGGAAAUUCCAUAGCGAGAGCACUAAUUAUUGUAAACCUUCGGUUUUCAUGGAUCUUGUCAUCAAUCGCGUGAACCAGUUCUUCUGUAACCAAAGAUGGACGCCCACUUCGUUCUUCAUCAAGCACAUCACUACGUCCGGCAUUGAACUGACGGACCCAUCUUCUCACCAUUGAAUCACUAAUCGCACUUUGUCCAUAAACAUCGCAAAAUUGCCGAUAAAUUUCACUUGGGUUCACUUUCCUUGCAUUCAAAAAACGAAUCACAGACCUGAUUCCACAAGCGGCGGGAUUUUCAAUCAACACUGACAUUGUAAACAAGCACAACAAAACGUACGUGGCUGACAGCGAUCUCCAAAUGGCACACGUUACUUCUCCUUGAUACAGAGCGUCUACCGCGCAUUUGCGGAACUGCGAUCGCAGCGCUGUAGCGGAUAUAAAUUGAAUCGGAACUUACUUUCUGGACGUGCUAUCAUAUUCUGAUUUAUGAUUGAAGUUUCAUGGAGUAUCGUAAAUAGGGGAAAUCUAAUGGGCUAAAAGCAUUUCAGAAUGAUUUUGUAUUUUGAAAACAAUACCUAGUAAAUAUUUUUAGUCCAUUUAUAGGCUACUGUGAUGAUAGCUAUUUAAUAAAUACCCAAUUAGAAUAUAUUAAGAAUUCUUGUUUGGCAAGUGUCCAAUAAGAUCUGUGAAUCUUGAUCUAGACAUAACUAAUUUUCAGUUGUUUCAAACUUUUUAGUUUGGUUUUUCCAAUUUUAGACGAAGUACACGAUUCAGUUAAAACGGAACAAUCAACAUUAGAUACAAGCUCGUAUAUAGGAACACUAGGAAGAAGUAGGUGAGUGAUGAAUUUGGCUAUAAUUCAAUGUAUUUUCUCUUAAACAAACCUAUCAUAUUUAAUAGAUUUACGUUAUAGUUGUUGGCUACUUUUUGAGUAUUAUGGUUUCCAGGGCCGCCCCGAGGUUAAUAGGCGCCCGGGGCGAGAUUUUGAUAUGCCCCCCCCCCAAGUAUAGCGUGGUGAGGUAGUAUUUAAAAGUAAAGCUACAUUGCUCUUCCAGGAGGAGAACUUCCAUUAUGGACUGCAUCCUCUCCUUGAUAAUCAUGCUAUAGAUUUUGUAAGCAGUGUUUAGCAAGCUGAUUUCUCUAUAGUCACAGGAGCUUCUUAGUCCAGUUAAUAUAGACAUAAAAAAGGAGGUGUGUUUGCAAUUUAUAUUGUAGUUAUGAUUUUUAAAUAUAUUUUUUGGUUACAUGAGAGAAGACCGGAACAAAUAGUCCAGAACCUCGUAUUUUCAGCUCAUUUUCCAGUUUUCAGCUUUUUCUGCCAAAAAGUGAUCUGACGGAAAAAUUUGCUCCAGCCAUUGUUUUAGAUUAUAAAAUGAGAUCAUUCGCAACUAUCUCCAAUAAGUACUGAGUUAUUAUUUUUUUAAAAAUGAGUGAAAUUCAAAGAAAAAAUCAACCUGUAUCCUUAUCUUAGAUUUUAGAGCACAAAAAUACGCCCAGAGGGACUUUGAAUUAUACAUUUAACUAAUUGGUAAAAAUCGGAGAAUAUUGUUGAUAAAAAAUUAAAACUCAUAAGAAUUAAUUUUGUCUUUAAAUUUUACUCAUUUUUGAAAAAUCAUAACUCAGUACUUAUUGGAGAUGGAUAUAGAUAGUUGCGAAUGAUCUCAUUU